UUAAAAAACCUAAACAUUCUGAAGCUUCCCAGCAAGAUGCAAGUUCUUUCGAUUCCAUUCUGAUUCAUGCUUUUGAUGGUAUCUCUAGUUUCCUUGUGUUUCACGUGUGGAGAAGGAUCGGCAAGGUGUUUGUAACUGCAACGGAUUCAUCUUGCUGCUGACAAACACCUCUUUUCUCGCCGUUUGCUUGGAAGACAGCCGUAGGAAUACGACCAACGCGCAGACUCGCGGCAUAGCAGCGCCGAUUUGUCAAAAUCGUAACGAUGGCAGCACGCAGAAUGCGCCGAUUUCGUUCGGCUUAUCCCACUGUUGACCAGAUAAAUUCUGAUGUUAUUACAAAGCUGGCGGUGGAUUAUUGGGCACCGGGCGAUGAAUCCGUUACCCACAAACCCUUCGAUCUUGAUGUGGUAGUUGGCAUCUAUCGAGAGCUGGACGCCGUUAGGUUUUCCAGUCGGCGCCUGAUGCUCUUAGACUUCAGUCAAUAUUUGGAGAGAUUUUUGUGGCCAAAUUUUUCUCCACGGACAUCAAGAUGCUGGCAACUUGUCAUGAGUAUUGUUGCACUCAUUAACGAAAAAAAGCGCGAGCGAGCACCUGUAUGGCAUGCGUUCACGGCAUAUCCAGCGCAUUUUCCGGAAUUUUUUAAACAAGUUCUGGUCCUUACCUCCGAAAGCAACCAAGAAGAUCAGCAGAAGCCGGCGUUAUCCCUGACUGAAAAGUGCCAACUGUUGAUUUUCCUGUCACAUUGUGUUAACAGUUUGGAAGAGGACAUCGUGCGAGAACAAGUUCAAAAAAUCUUCGGCUUACCGAUUUGGUUCCUUUCUGCCAAACGUCUGGAAAUCGAAUUGAAAAAAGCUCCUAAUCUGAAAAAGGCUUGGGAUCGCCUAGUAAAGAAGGAUCUUAUUAAAGACGAUGCCGCCAAAUCUCUGGAUGAUUUGUACAGGAAUUUCAUGCGGAAUCUUAUGCAGCAGUUUUUGACGAUUUUAAACGCAAUACAACCCGAAGGGGAUUUGGAGCCGGGAUGCCUGGGUUAUUGCGAGCACUUCUUGAACUUGAUGAUCGAUUGUCAGUCAUCGCUGAAUACCCGGCGAUUUUUUCACGCUCUAAUGGAUGAUGCUCAUAUUCUCGUUAAAUGCAAACUGUCCGGUUUGUAUCGUCGAUCCGAAGGAAGGGUGUUUUCGCAGCUAAUUGAUGCUCUGGAAUUUUAUUCAAGCUAUGAAAUCACUCUCAGCGGAAAUGAUGUGUCGGAGCAAGAACGUAAUACCGAACACUACAACCGUGUCUCCGCCUUACAGCGGACAGUGUUCAAAUUGUUCACCGAUAACGACGGUGGUCGCAAGUUUGCGACGGCUCCUAUCUAUAAAGUCGAUACGCGGGAAGCGCUAAAGGCAUUUCUGGAUCCCCUUGGCUUCGAGGAUCUUAAACGACUGGGUGAUUACGUUGGGGUUUUGGGUACGGAUUCACUGGAUCCGUCUGACAAGAACACAGACGCCUUGAGGAAGCACAUUCUGACGGAAGUCCUUAUCGCAUACCAUGAGCGUCGCGUUUCACAACUGCAGCGGGUUAAUGCAAUGCCGAUUUAUCCUACAGAAGAUAUUAUCUGGGAUGAAGCGCUCGUCCCGGAUGAAUUCACGUUAACAUCAAACACGAUGCCGCUUCCUAAACUACACUUACAAUUCCUUUCCUUGCACGAUUAUUUACUGCGGAACUUCCAGCUGUUUCGUCUGGAGUCAGCCUAUGAAAUACGCACAGAUAUCGAAGACGCGAUAGCGCGUAUGAAGCCUUGGACAAAUGAAGUCGGGGGUGUCGUUUUUGGUGGAUGGGCGCGCAUGGCUCUGCCCAUCAACCGGUUUGAGGUCUUUGACGUUGGCAAGCCUAAUGUUGGAUGCAAGCAGCCCUCACGAGUUCGGGCCACGAUCACCGUGACGCUUAAUGUCCGGCAUGCAAUCAAAGAUGAAUGGCAAGGCUUGAGAAAGCAUGACAUUUGCUUCCUUUUGACUGUCAAACCACCUAACAAAAAUGUUGGAUCUCCUGCCGAUGGAACGGCUUCCUUUUUGGACUACAGCGGCUUAAUGUACGUGAGAGGAUGUGAAAUCGAGGGGAUGCUCGAUGAUAAAGGAAACCUGAUUGAUGAAAUGUCCGAACAUAAACCUGUCUUUCAUGGAGAAACCAGACAGUUCCGCGUAUGGCUGGAUGCUAACCAGUAUUAUUUGGAUUCCCAGAGUGCUUCUGGCACGGAUAUAUAUCGCGGUUUUAAUAUUAUUAUGCGGCGCAAACCGGAAGAGAACAAUUUCAAAGCGGUACUGGAAACGAUUCGAACGUUGAUUAAUUCCGAAUGGGUGGUGCCCGAUUGGCUGCACGACAUCCUGCUUGGUUAUGGGGAUCCCGCAUCAGCCCAUUGGACUAAACUAUCCAACAAAGACGUGACGCUGGAUUUCAACGAUACCUUCCUUAGCUUGGAACAUGUGAAGGCAUGUUUUCUGGAUGAAGUCGUGGAAUUUAGUGAUCCCAGAGGCUUGCCAAUGCAACCACCGUUUAGGAUAACAUUUGCUAUGCCGGAAACCUCUGAGAACGGCACGAAACGCGAUGUGGAUGGGGAAAUUAUUACUUUGCCGAAACGAUUGACCGUGGAACCCUACGUGAAGAAAUCCACUUCUCCAUAUCCUCGAAUUGAACCGAAAAGGAAUGCCAUACCUUUCACCCCGGCUCAGACCCAAGCCAUCAUUUCCGGCAUGCAGCACGGUCUGACAUUGAUUGUCGGUCCACCCGGAACCGGUAAAACCGACGUGGCUGUGCAGAUAAUUUCCAAUAUUUAUCACAAUUUUCCGGAGCAGCGAACGCUGAUUGUGACGCAUUCCAACCAAGCACUGAAUCAGCUCUUUGAGAAAAUUAUGGAUUUGGAUAUUGAUGAGCGCCAUCUGUUACGUCUGGGUCACGGUGAGGAAGCCCUGGAGACCAAGAAAGACUUCAGUCGGUAUGGACGAGUGAACUAUGUCCUUGCGAAGCGACUAGAGUUGCUCAGUGAAGUCGGUCGGCUGCAAACAAGUUUAGGAGUCCCCGGGGAUGUUGCGUAUACCUGUGAAACAGCAGGACAUUUUUAUUUAUACCAGGUGCUUCCCAGAUGGCAGAUCUAUAAAAAUAAAAUCAAAAGCGCCGGAAGCGAAGCAUCCGCCAUGUCCGUGGUGUCGGAUUCGUUUCCGUUUUCGAAUUUCUUCGGCGAUGCUCCGCAGCCUUUAUUCAAAAAUGACACGUUUGACGAUGACAUGGAAACGGCUGAAGUGUGUUUCCGUUACGUUGAGAAUAUCUUUACUCAGCUGGAAGAAUUUCGGCCGUUUGAACUGCUUCGCAGUGGAUUGGAUCGGACUCGGUAUCUGCUGACCAAAGAGGCCAAGAUCAUUGCCAUGACUUGUACACAUGCUGGGAUGAAGCGACAGGAACUGGUGGAUCUCGGAUUUAAAUAUGACAACAUUCUUAUGGAAGAAGCUGCACAAAUCUUGGAAGUGGAGACCUUUAUUCCACUACUGCUGCAAAAGCCAGAACAUGGAUAUAACCGGUUGAAAAGAUGGAUUAUGAUCGGGGAUCACAAUCAGCUACCACCCAUUGUGCAGAAUAAGGUGUUUGAGAAAUUCUGCAACAUGGAACAGUCACUGUUCACCCGAUUCGUACGCCUUGGCGUUCCUACGGUAGAUCUGGAUGCGCAAGGCCGUAUGAGACCAAGUUUAUGUCGCCUGUUCAGCUGGCGGUAUAAGCGCCUCGGAAACCUUCCGCACACAUUGCGAAUGCCGGCUUUUCUCACCGCUAAUACCGGCUUCGCGUUUGAUUACCAGCUGAUCAAUGUGGAAGAUUACAAUGGUGUGGGAGAAUCCGAACCAAGCGCCCAUUUCAUACAGAAUCUGGCAGAAGCGGAAUACGUCGUGGCCACUUUUAUGUACAUGCGCCUCUUGGGAUAUCCUGCGUCCUCAAUAACAAUUCUGGCGGCUUACAACGGACAGAAACAUCUUAUCCGGGAUGUAAUUGAAAAACGAUGCGGUACUAAUCCAUUGGUGGGCUGGCCACAUAAAAUCGCUACAGUUGAUAAGUAUCAAGGUCAACAGAAUGAUUAUGUCCUCCUGUCCCUGGUACGCACAAAGACAGUCGGUUAUCUGAGGGAUGUACGACGUGUUGUUGUCGCGCUAUCCCGUGCUCGAUUGGGGUUGUAUGUUUUUGCCCGGAUUCCGCUGUUCCGAAACUGUUUUGAGCUGAGUCCAGCAAUGGCUGUACUUAUGGAACGACCGUCACAAUUGCAUCUGUUCCCUACUGAACGCUUUCCAGUGGAAAGAAAGAUGCUGGCUGAUCCAACCGAUAGUCCGGCCGUAAUUAUCAAAACCAUGCCGGAAAUGCUGAAAUUUGUGUAUGAUUUAUACGCGGAAAAGGUGCAAUCGUUGCGACCAGUUUACGAAGCACAGAUGGCUGCGCAGGCCGACAGUAGCGAUUCCGAACCGGAAGAGGAGACGGCGCCCACCACAGAGGAGCCACAACAGCCGGCGGAAGAAACUGCCGUCAAAGCCGGUCCGACCAAAAUCAACUUCCUCCCUGUGGAAGACAUGCCUUUCUUCCCGAUCCGUGGCGACAAAGGUGUGACGGUUGAGGAGGAAGACGACGGCGACAAGGAUGACUAAUGUCUGUCUUUGGGUGGGAACGUCGCAGUCGCCGUUUGUCUGGAGCGUUGAUUGUUACUGCUUGUUUUAGAUUCCGUUUUUACCCUGUACCCUGUUUGUUAGCAUUUAUUAUGGCAUGAGAUAAUUUGAUUGGCAGACGAUAUGCAAAAUUUAUGCAAAUAUCUGUAUGGCGGUUGAUCAAUGGAUUUUCGGUUUAUCGUCUGGCAGAUAAGCUAUCGUUAACGGACUGAGGAAGCCGCGCGCCGAAUGGGUGCAGUUGUUAGCAUUUGUUUGUUUUUGCAGUACUUAAAGUUUUUCUUUGCCGA